GGGUUAUGCCAGUUAAAUUUGUUUUGAUACAAAAAGAAUGUAAACCGUCGAUUUCACAUCAGACGGUUAACAAUUCUCGAGGUAUAACAAGUCCUCGACUCGUGACUAAGUUAUUUUGGCGUCCCUGUAAACGUGAACCGACUUGGACGCCAGGGAAGGUACCAAAACGACACACUCCUCCUUCAUUUCAUCAUAUUGCAAUUCAAUAGCGCAGUGACAUGAAUUGUUGUGUAUUCAGCAAAAAUGUUAGUCAGAUUGACUAAACAAUCUUCUUCUCUUUUGAGAAAUCAUAUUCAUGGCUUGUUUUGCUCAGCUUAUUCUCUUGCAUCAUCCCCAACCCACGUCGUUUCUGGCGCACCUGCUGAUGUUGCCGAUGUUACUGAUGCUGCCGAUCUCGUCUUCCCUCCUUCACCAGGCUCUUCCACUGUGAAGCCGCUGACGGACCCCACUCUUCUGCAGCCACGUGUCGUCAUCUAUGAUGGCGUUUGCCAUCUUUGCCACGGAGGGGUGAAAUGGGUGAUAGGAGUUGACAAGUAUAGGAAGAUCAAAUUCUGCUGUCUCCAAUCCAAGGCUGCUGAACCGUAUUUGGCACUGUGUGGUCUUGACAGAGAAGAUGUUCUCCGUCGCUUUGUGUUUGUUGAAGGCCCUGGUUUAUACCACCAAGCAUCUACUGCUGCACUGAAAGUGCUGUCAUACCUCCCAUUGCCUUACACAGCUUUAAGUUUGUUUCUAAUAAUUCCGAGGCCCCUUAGAGAUGCUGUGUAUGAUUAUGUUGCCAAGCGACGCUAUGAUUGGUUUGGCAAGAGUGGAGAUUGCUUGGUUUUGCAGGAAAAAGAGCUACUAGAGCGAUUCAUUGACAGAGAUGAGAUGAUGAGCAGAAAUUGAUCGGAUUUGUUUUACACUUUGCUGAUGCAAUCAGCCCUUUUUUCUUUUCAAUUAACGCGUCUGUCUUGUUUUGACAUAAUGAAAAUGAUAUCAGGUUGGAUUAAUGUAAAUUCAUGAUAUUGUAGAUACACUACCCAGAAGUUGAGAUACUACCCGGCAAUUGUAGAGCCGGGUAAGCUCUAAUUGAUUCAAUGUAGUGACCGGAUUGCUAAGUAAAAUGAUCAUAGCAUUAAGUGAAGUUGAUUCAA